AUGGCUCCCGUUGCCACCAUGCCUCAGCCCUCGGCGCUUACCUCUCCUCCUCCCAUGCCACCAUCAGAGAUGCAGCCAUCUUCAUCUCCCAAAUCGAUCCUCAAGAGCUCCAAGUCUGCCGGCUCGAAGCGCAAAAUGUCCGACGUCGAAGAUUGGCUAGGGGACCAUCCCACCGUCGAGGACCUGCCUUUGGAAAAACGUGCUCGUGUGACCUUCAACCCCACGGUCGAGACGUACACUUGGGUGAAGUCGAACAAAACAGACUCCGACCUCAUGAACGUGCAGAUGAUUUCUGAAGAUGUCCGUCGAGCCAUUCACCGUCACCGUCAUCCCGUCACCAGCGAAGACAACGAAGGUUAUGAUCGAAUCAAGGAGAUGUUCACCGCCGAUCCGAAGAAAGCUGAAGACACCGUCUAUGCAUACGAUCUUCCCCAGCCAGCCACAUUGAUGAAAUACUUGCUGGGUCUCCGUGCUCAUGUGAUUGACCUGGAUCGCGGCUGCAGUAGCCUUGUCACUGCGGUUGUCGAAAGUGAGUGGCUCGGUCGGGAUCUUGCCUAUGUGAAGACUUUUAUCGGUUUCCUUGAGCUCCUUGCUGUUGCACAAGGGACGUAUAUCAGCCCCGUCUUCAAGAUGCUUGUCGGAAAGCUGGCUGCGAUCCCUCGUGGUACCGGUACCUUGCCCGGACAUGCGGCGGUGCCUGCUUCUGCAAUCUACUCUCGUGUCCACAUGGCCCUGCGGAGCAUCAUCAACAAAGUGCCAGCCGGCAGCGGAAUGCUGUCUCAGGUGCUUUCCCAUUCCUUUCCCUACGAGGCAGACUCUGCCCAAUCCUUUGUGGCCUACACGCGCAAUCUCAUUCAGAUUAUCGGUUACGCCCCCGAGCUGCAGUCCGAUAUUCUCGCUCUCAUCACCGAGAAACUUGUCAAAAUUGACGUUCAAAUCCAGGUCGACUUGGAAGAGUUUGAAGAUGAGAUUGGUGAGACCCUCCUCAAUGGUGUCUCAGAAGAUCCGGACGUGGAACACGACAUUGAUGAUGCCGACGACGCUUCUGAUGUCAGUGACGACGAGGUAGAUGAGAACUCUCGAGUGGCUGAGAUCAAGAGCAACAUCCACAAAGUCGACGGCAUGAUUGACGUCCUGUUCUGGUUCUACAAUUUGUCCUUCACGAAAGGGACCCUCGCCGACAAGCGAAAUAGCUUGGAUCUCAUCAUCAGCCACUUUCAAACCAUCAUUCUCCCCACUUACAAAUCUCGCCAUUCGCAAUUCCUCCUGUUCCACUUUUCGCAACUACACCCAGAUCUGCUCGCCAAAACGACGACCUGUUUUUCCGACCUGAUUUUCGGCAAAGUUCAAUCAGGCAUCAUCCGUCAAUCUGCAGCAGCAUACCUGGCCAGCUUUAUUGCCCGAGGAGCUCACAUUCCCAGUAGCGUGGUUCGCCAGACUUUCAACGAGAUGGCUUCGCAAUUGGUGGACAUGCAUGAGAAACAUGAUCCAGGUUGCCGCGGUCCGGAUCUUCGUCGAUACGGUGCCUUCUACGCCACUGCUCAAGCUGUUCUGUACAUCUUCUGCUUCCGAUGGCGAGACCUGACCACUGCCUCCAUCGCAGGGGACAGCCCACAGGAAGUUGACGAGCUCGAGCCGAGCCAGAUUGCGUUCCCGCCACACAUCAAGGAGUCACUGAGCAAGGUGAUCUACUCCCGUCUGAACCCGCUGAAGAUCUGUUCGCCUGGAAUUGUGAAUGAGUUUGCCCGGAUCGCUCAUCACUUCCAACUGCUCUACGUUUAUCCUCUCAUCGAGAAGAAUAAGCGUGUCCGCAUCAGCGCUUUCCGGAGCAUGUCUUCCGGCCAAAUUCAGAUGGGACGCGAGAUCCGCGCCGGGGAUCAGCAGGGGCAUCAACUCGAUGCAUACUUCCCCUUUGAUCCCUACCAGCUGCCCCGAAGCCGGCGCUGGUUGGAAGGGGACUAUGUAGAAUGGCGCGGCAUUCCCGGGCUUGACAAAGGUGAUGAUGACUCGGACAGUGAUGCGGAGAACGAUGACUCCGGUGAUGACGAUGAGUCGGCGACAGAUGAGGAGUGA